AUAACACUAUUGCUGUAUUUCUUGUAACCUUGACGAAAUCUAUCAUCCCCAAAGAAGAAAAAGAGAAUGGUGAUAAUGAAAAGCGAACCGGUUUCCCCCUUGUAGCUAGUGGCUGUUGGGGAACCCAUCGGAACAGAACUACUUUUUCUGCCGUACAAGCAGGUUACGGGCAAGUUGCUGAAAAUAUGAAGAUCCAUGCAGUGAUUAUCAUUUUUAUGAUUGUAUUUGCUGACGGUAACAUCCGUAAUAGUCCAUACAUUCAAGACGUGCAAACAAUAAUACGAAAUUCCAAUGAACUGGGCUUUAAAGUGCUAUCAAAUUUGGAAAAAACAACAAAUGUCUUUCUCUCACCAUUAAGUAUUGCGAUGUCUAUGGGUCUCGUGUAUUCAGGGGCAAAAAAUACGACAGCUGAUGAAAUACAAACAGCCAUGCAGUUUCCUCUGGCUGUCAACGAUGCGUUUAAAACCAUAUUAGAUUUUGUGAAACCACCAGAAGGGAAAGUUCCCGCACCUUCUCCUUAUCAAAUGGAAAUGGCUAAUGCGAUGCUUGUUGAUAGAGAUUUUAAUAUCUUGCAAUCUUACAAAGAUCUAAGUAGAGAUUAUUUCGAUGUCGCAGUGGAAAGUGUAAGUUUUUCUCUUCACCCAGAAGCUGCUGUAGAUUCUGUGAAUGGGUGGGUAGCUUGGAAAACAAACAAUAAAAUUACAAAAGUUCUUCAAGAACCACUGGAUCCUUUGACAAAAUUAUUCCUUAUGAAUGUAAUAUACUUCAAGGGAACUUGGAAGACUAAAUUCGAUCAAAGAUUAACCAUGCCAGACACAUUUUACAACGAUGGACGUAUACCAAAGACAGUACCAAUGAUGAGACUAAAAAGAAAACUGAGGUAUGGGUUUGAUAGAAGACUUCAAAGUCAAGUAUUAGAAUUACCUUUUGCAGGCGAUAGAAUACAGAUGCUCAUUUUGCUUCCAGAGAGACGAGAUGGCUUAUCAGAUAUGGAAUCUACGUUGUCAAAUGAUAUACUGACAAGUCUUCCCUUGAAUUUGCGAGAAGUGCCUGUUCAAGUUACUUUACCGAGAUUCAGUCUAUCCGAGGAAUACGAUCUCAUCCCACUUAUGAAGUUACUAGGUGUCCAUACUGCCUUUGAUGCCAGUUUAGCAGAUCUAACUGGAAUUAGUUCCAGACAAGGCUUGUACAUUUCCAAAGUGCUCCACAAGUGUGCCGUACAAGUAAAUGAAGAAGGAGGGGAGGCUGCUGCUGUGACUGGGGUGUCUGCUGGAGUACGGACUGGAGGUCCGCUUGUUCCUCUUUUUACUGCUGAUCAUCCCUUUUUAUUUUUCAUACAGGACCGGCAAUUAAAUUCAACACUUUUUAUGGGAAGGGUAACUAAUUUAUAGAAAAAUUUUGAUAUAUGUAACUCUCAAAACGUUUUUUAAACUGCAGUGCUUCUUUUGAAUUUUGUAUCACUUUAUUAAUCAUUCUGAAUUCAUUCCAUUUUUUUAUCCCUACUUCAUCAUAAACAAAGCGCGAAAUGCUAUUUCUUUGGAUAAUAUUUAAAAACAUUAAAUCAAAUUGUGCAAUAAAUUCCUUUUCAUAAAUUUGCUGUUGAUCGGCAAAUGUAUAUUAUUAGCAACAAAGUAUUUAUUGUCUGAAUUUCUAUAUAACUGCAUCAUGUUUUUGUCACAUUUUGAAUUGCAAGCCAUUUAUUUAUAAUUGUUGAUUUUUUUUAUUCAAAUAGAAGAAUAAAAUAUUGUAUUGUUUAAGGAAUAAAAUUUUUGUAUCGGUA